AUGCAGGUGCGGCUGCUGGAGCAGCAGAACAAGGUGCUGGUGCUGGAGCUGAACCAGGCGCGGGACCAGGAGCCCUCCCGCCUGGGGGACGUUUACCAGGAGCAGCUGCGGGAGCUGCGGCUCCACGUGGAGCAGUUGGGCACCGCCAAGGCCCGGCUGGAGAUUGAGAGGGACAACCUGGCCCAGGACCUCAGCAGCCUCCAGCAGAAGCUGCAGGACGAGGUGACCCUGCGGCUGGAGGCCGAGAGCAACCUGGCUGCCUACAGGCAGCGGGUGCACGUGGAGGUGGACGCCAGCAAACCAGACCUGACGGCCGCCCUGCGCGACAUCCGCAGCCAGUACGAGGCCGUGGCCGCCAGCAACGCCCAGGAGACAGAGCAGUGGUACAAGUCCAAGUUCGCAGACCUGACGGACGCGGCCGCCCGGCAAAGCGAGGCCCUGCGCGCGGCCAAGCAGGAGGCCAACGAGUACCGGCGCCAGCUGCAGGCCCUCACCUGCGACCUGGAGGCUCUGAGGGGCUCGAACGAGUCCCUGGAGAGGCAGCUGCGGGAGCUGGAGGAGCGCUACGCCCUGGAGACGGCCGGCUACCAGGACACAGUGGCACGGCUGGAGGAGGACAUCCAGAGCCUCAAGGAGGAGAUGGCCCGGCACCUGCAGGACUACCAGGACCUGCUCAAUGUCAAGCUGGCCCUGGACAUGGAGAUCGCCACGUACCGCAAGCUGCUGGAGGGCGAGGAGAGCAGGAUCACCAUCCCUGUGCAGAGCUUCUCCAACCUGCAGGUCCGAGAGAACAGCCUGGACACCAAAUCUGUGUCAGAAACCCACGUGAAGAGGAGGAUCGUGGUCAAAACUGUGGAGACUCGAGAUGGAGAGGUGCUCAAGGAGUCCAAGCAGGAGCACAAGGAGGGGCCGUAGGGCGGACGAUCCCGAGCUCCGCAGGUCCCGCCCGACGCUUCAAGAGAGCCCCGCGGGCACGGGG